AUGGAGCAAUCGACGUCGAAUCUGGCGUCAACAAGGCAACAGGUGUUGGUAAGCCUAGGUGCUCUAUGGUCGUCGAGGGCGAUGAGGGAGUACAAGUGGGUUUUGAUGACUUUGAGGAUGGCGCGAAGGCACCAUAGGCGAGGCGUCAUGGGCACCGCUGAGGGUGACGCGCCAUGGGCUCUGCCAAGGGAGGUUACCCAAGACGCUGAAGGCGAGACACUAUGGACGUUGGCUGGGCAUCAACAUAGGCUAGGCUCGACCAAAGGAGCACGUAGCAGCAUCACCGGGUGCUGGGCACGGCCUAGCGAGCUCGCUGGUGAACGGGCGGCGCUGAAGGAAUCUUCGAUGUUAGGCGAGCUAGGAGCGGCAAUGGUGGACACUAGGCAUGGGGCUGCGCAGGUGUAA